UAUAAUUUGAUUCUGCUGAACCCCUGGUCACGGGGAGUGAUGAGCCCAGUGGCAAUUAGGGAGAUGAGAGAUGGGUCUAGCCAGCUCAGGCUGGGGCUAGGUAUUAAACGCUUUGAUGACUGGCUAAGUUCUUCAACUUGCUAAACCACAGGGUGCUUGAGAAUGUUAGGGAGGAUAAAGCAUGGGUACCAGCUUGGAGGCCCAGAAGCAGACCUAUUCUGGAGCCAGUGAGUUCCUUCUUGAAGGGGGACCUGGCUAACCAUGAGAAGAAUUGGAGGCAUCAUCUUGGCACAGAGAGCUGGUUUGGGACCUAAGGUGAAAAAGCACUUCUACAUCCAAUCAGGGCCAGCCUGCCUGCCUGGCUAGUGCCUGUGAAUUCCGGAUGUGUCUACUCCCAGUAAUUGUUCAUCUGCCAAAAUGAUGUGAUAUUAUGCAGAGUAGUGAGUAGUUUCCAGCUCAAGUUCAAAGCAGGUAUCUCACCCUACAGCUAACUUGAGUUAUUAUUGCCUUUAGUGUGUAAUUUCCCUCUUCUGGGCCUUGUUUUAUUCUUGUUAAAAGAGGAGAUUGGACUAGAUUGGUUGUUUUUAAACCUUUAGUCAUGAAACCCUUUAUUCAAAAAAAAAUCUCACUUUGAAGCCUUGUGGUCCUUGAAGGGACUCAGAACCCCUUGAGUAUCUCAAGCCACACUUUGAAAAUCAGGGAGCUUUCUCUUACUGCCAACUGAUUGGGUGACCCUACUUUAUGUUCCUUCAGCCCCCCUGUACUUCCUCUAACCCAGCUCUACCAAGCAUUAUUUUAACUGUCUGUCUUCCCCACUAGACUCUUAGCUACAUGAGAGCGGAGUACAAGUCUAUCUUGCUCAUUGUUGCAGUCCCUUCACUCAGUAUGGUGCCUGGCAUAAAGGUUGAUAUGUCAGACCUCUCUCCAGAGGAGCAAUGGAGGGUCGAGCACGCACGCAUGCAUGCCAAGCACCGCGGCCACGAAGCCAUGCACGCUGAAAUGGUCCUCAUCCUCAUCGCUACCUUGGUGGUGGCCCAGCUGCUCCUGGUACAGUGGAAACAGAGGCACCCCCGCUCCUACAAUAUGGUGACCCUCUUUCAGAUGUGGGUUGUUCCCCUCUAUUUCACAGUGAAGCUGCACUGGUGGAGGUUCCUAGUGAUCUGGAUCUUGUUCUCUGCCGUCACAGCCUUUGUCACCUUCCGAGCCACCCGAAAACCACUAGUACAGACAACCCCAAGGUUGGUUUAUAAGUGGUUCCUGCUGAUCUAUAAAAUCAGCUAUGCCACUGGCAUCAUUGGCUACAUGGCUGUCAUGUUUACCCUCUUUGGUCUUAACUUGUUAUUCAAGAUCAAACCAGAAGAUGCCAUGGACUUUGGCAUUUCUCUCCUCUUCUAUGGCCUCUACUAUGGUGUUCUUGAGCGGGACUUUGCAGAAAUGUGUGCAGACUACAUGGCAUCUACCAUAGGGUUCUACAGUGAGUCGGGCAUGCCCACCAAACACCUCUCGGACAGUGUGUGUGCCGUGUGUGGGCAGCAGAUCUUUGUGGAUGUCAGUGAAGAGGGCAUCAUCGAGAACACGUAUAGGCUGUCUUGCAAUCAUGUAUUCCACGAGUUCUGUAUCCGCGGCUGGUGCAUUGUGGGAAAGAAGCAGACGUGUCCCUACUGCAAAGAGAAGGUAGACCUCAAGAGGAUGUUCAGCAACCCCUGGGAGAGGCCUCAUGUCAUGUACGGGCAACUGCUGGACUGGCUUCGAUACUUGGUAGCCUGGCAGCCUGUCAUCAUUGGCCUGGUGCAAGGCAUCAACUAUAUCCUGGGCCUGGAAUAGUCAGGAAGAAGAGCAUCCACCCACCAUGGACCUCAGGGCACUCUCCUCCCUGCCCUCCAAGACCUCCUGGGUGGGAAAGACUCAAAGGGGCACUCGGGCCACUCAGGACCCCUCCGGCUGUGUCCGGGCUGGGGAGGGAUAUGAUGGAGAGCCAGCAGGUGGGGCUGUCAGCAGUGGGGGGCUUUUUAAAAGAAAACUAUUUUGAUGAAUAUAUUUAAAAACCUUUUUUAUUGUGGAGCAUAGGAAUUGCCCCAAUUCCUCCAGGCCUCAGCCUCCCUGCUUGAGCAGGGCAGGAGCAGAGCCACAACAUUUUUGGUGUAAAGGAGCCAUCUCUUCUCUGGCUGAGAGCCCCAGCCCACCUCCCCUUCCUUCUGUAUGUGGGGCUUGAGCCUGGUACACUCAGUGUGGAAGAGCCAGGGAGCUCUGGCCAGUGCCACUGAUGAGCACUGAGGGGUGAGGUGUCCUCCGUCCUCCCUGGCUAAGGCCACAGUUGGGCGUUGUCUGGCUCCGUCUUCCCUGUUGGGGGCCGUAGGCUGGUGGAGACAAGUGGGACCUUGUCGUGACUUUUGCAGCAAGGGAAGCUCUAGGACCUCGGAAUUCACCGGGGAUUUGUGUGGGGGUGACCAGAGCUGUAGCAGCUUGGGGAACCUCCCACUAAGUGGGGCUGUACUCAGCCAAGAACAAAGACCAUCUAUAUAUAGUUGGGCCACAGGGGUUACUGCUGGCAGCGGUGAUUGAGGGCCGCUUAUGCAAGCUGAUCCUCUGCCCAGAAGUGGUGACACGUGCUGAAGGCCACUGCCACAUCACUUCCUUCCCCGAAAGCCGGAGAGCGUGUGUGUGUGUGUGUGUGUGUGCGUGCGUGGUAGAAGAACUAUGACAGAUGUGAGGCUUCUUCCUGUGGUCAGACAUUGUUCCCUUGAAGCUGCCAGGGGAUUCCCAGCCCAAGGAAUAUCCUCAUGUCAGCCUUGUCAUCCAUGAGUCCUGCCUGGGCCUGGCAACACAAGUGGUGAGGUGGGUGGGAAGAGGGUCAGGCCCAGGUAAGUAUGGGUUCUGAAAAGGGGUUCCAGGUAGGCCCCAGCUCUGGUCCUAGGAAUUUUGAAGGAAAUGGGAGGGCAAACGUGGUCCUUCCGUGCUGGGUUCCUAGGGAAUAUGGCCCUUCAAAUGCAGUAAGAACCAAGCAGGAUCUUGUCAUCCAUUCUGAAUAAAGCUCCGUGAGCUGGGUUGGAAAGCU